CCGACGGGCACCUACCUGACCUUCACAUCGCAGGAGACCCAGGAUCUGGGUACCCUGACAGAUUCAACCACAAUUUUAAGUAGCAAUGUGACUCAAUCGAGGGUAUCUACCACGGAUACAAGGACCUACCUCAGUGGAACGCAAGCAUCAACAACAGCCUCUGGAAACUCUUCCACGACAGCAACCACAUCCUCUGCGAUGGCAAGUGUCACUAACACGCGGCCCUGCAACAACUAUCCAGAAUUUUGCCAACGCAAGUACGGCAAUAUCACUGAGAUCUCUUGCCACAACUCCCCAUUCAUCACAUCGAAUAAUCUGGCGGCAAACCAACAGUUCGACGUGACUUACCAGCUCAACGACGGCGUGCGUUUCCUGCAAGCUCAAAUCCAGUGGCCAGCAAAUGCUACAGAGCCACAUUUCUGCCACACCAGCUGCGACAUUCUUGAUGCCGGUCCGAUCACUGACUGGCUGACCACAGUGAAGGAUUGGGUGGCCUCACACCCAUAUGAUGUGGUCACGAUACUCCUGGGCAAUGGCAACUAUUCUGUGCCGUCCUUAUAUGUCCCUUAUAUCGAGUCUACCGGCAUUUUAGACUAUGUCUAUACACCACCAUUGGUUCCCAUGACUCUGAACGACUGGCCGACGCUAGCUGAAAUGAUUCUUACUGGCAAGAGAGUUGUCAUGUUCCUUGACUACAUGGCAAAUCAGACAGCAUAUCCUUGGUUCUUGGACGAGUUCUCGCAAAUGUGGGAGACGCCUUUCGACCCGACGAAUACCAGCUUCCCAUGUGAUGUGCAGCGACCUCCGGACUUGGCAGUCGCGGAUGCCCAGAACCGACUUUACCUGGCAAACCACAACCUCAAUAUCGAACUGUCUCUUCUGGGAACCAGCAUGCUUGUCCCUGCAAGAGAUGAACUCAAUGUUACCAAUGCUGUCAAUGGGACCGGAAGUGUCGGGUUAGCCGGCGAGAAUUGCUUGAACCAAUGGGGCAGAGCUCCGACUUUCCUCAACGUCGAUUACUACAAUUAUGGCAGCUAUGCCGGAUCGGUCUUCGAAGCAGCCGCGCAGUUCAACAAUGUUACAUACUCGAGAGCUUGCUGUGGAACAACCAGCGCGGCC